GAUCAAUCAACGAAGGCGCAAAAAUUCAAAAGAAAUUCAAAAUGUAAAAACACUAUUUGAUUAACGAUUAAGCACCGGCCACCCAUCUCCAACCACUAUACAAGCAAAUGAAAGUUUAAUUAGGUCAACGCGUUGGUACAUUGGAAGUCACUACUUCCACGAUUCAUAAUGGCGACACCAAACACCAAUAGAUCUUCCACCGACACCCACGACAGUAACUUUUAUAGUAUAAGCGAAGCAAACGACAAUGAAGAAGACAUGGAGUUAGUUGCAGAGCCCUCCAGCUCUUAUGAUCUUGUUUCUAACAGGCUUGACCAGCCCAACUGUAUGUCUGGAGAUAAAGAUGACUGUGUGAAGUGCAAGACUUCCAAUGUACCCGUUUGCCAUAUAAAACUGAAACAAUUAGAGAAUCUCAAGAACAGCACUAAAAGGCUUUUAUGCUUAUUGGAAGAUGUGCAGGCAAAAACUCAUUCCACAGCGCUGGUCGCCGAUGACCCGCCGAAAAUGGCCGACUUUUUGAGACCUAUGGCGAUUUGGGAUCCUGAAAAUGUGGAUAUGAUGGACCGGUCAGUGACUGAUAUCAUCGGUGCCGCAGCCAUGAAAAGAUUAGAAAAACAGACUAAAGAAUUGGACUCAAUUGUUAUCAGAGAUAAAGACGACGACUGUUCAGUUUACAAAAGACUGAUCAGAAAGUGUCACUGCCUGAACCAACAAGAAUACAACGACUUUAUUAUCCAUUUUAACGAAGAGACGAAAUUCUGCACCAGUACAAUUGGAGAAAUCAUAAAAAACAUCUACAUUCUCAAAAGGUUUUUAUACAUGGGCGGCAAAUAUACUAAAAAUGCUUUGCUAUUUUUGAACCAGGGCCUAGAAGAGGGCACUUAUGUGGAAAAGGCGGAUAUCAUACAAGCAUGCGCCUUCGCUGAUGUCUGCUGUAUAUUCGAUACACACACGAUUGUGACUGUGUGCAUUUCUUGGCCGUGUAAGAAUCGUAGCUUGAUAGAAGCAGAUACGCAGGAGAUGACAGCAAAACUCCUAUACAAUCUAUCCAGACUCGAAGAAGGCCGACGAUAUUUAAAUUUCAAUGCGAAAAUAACGUGCGAAAUUAAAAAACUUCUGAAGAAAAAACAAGAUAAAAUAAGCUGUGACACCGUCGAAAUGCUUAAUGCGGUUUUAAAUACAUUCCAGCUACAGGUUCAGCAUAAUGGAAUGACUCUAACUUACCACUGUCGGCCAAUGCAAGAAGGUAUCGGAAACAAGACAUUGAAUGCCCUAAUAGCCUACCGACAGCAUAUGACUUUAAACGAAUUGUUUAUGCACUUGGAUAUUCUUCAAAAUCUAUCUGGAAAUGGAGAAACGAAAAAGCAACUCACGCCACACUUGCCAUCAAUGUUGAGCUUGUUCAAAAAUAUGCUCCUAGAGUUUGAUAGCAGUGAUAUAAAUAUACUAAUUACAAAUAUUAUGACCAAUAUUGUGGGCGACAGUGUUGCGAAAAUUAAUGUAAAAGAAAGUCCAAACGCCAUGAUAUGCGAAACAAUCACAUCAUGUAUAGCAACCGAGCCAAUUCAGAAGAAAAACGUGACAAUUCAAGUGCCUCUGAAAAGGAACCACAAACACCAGAAAAAAGCUCAUCAUAAUCUUGUACCGGCCGUCGCAUACAUACAGAAAAAAAAUAUAGGAGCUAAUAAACCACAAAAAAAUAACGUAAUUCAAAAACCACAACAAGCACACCAAGAAAUAAAUAAAGCGAGAAAAUCAAAUACUACUAAAAGCGUUAUAAGACCAAAAACCACUCCAGCUUUAAACGCCGACAAAGCCAAGAAUUUGGCUUCUUUUACUAAACCAAACUCAACUGUUUUCCAGAGAGAAAAUACUACAACUUCUGUAUACACAGCUUUAAUCAACAGGUCAAGAAAAUUCAUGGGUCUGUCGUGGGGAGAUAACAGAAAUGUUAUAGUGGUACCCAUGGAACAAGAAAAGAUAGCAGUUAAAUAAAGUGUCUAUAAUUUCAUAAAUUUACAAAAGCGUAUUUAGUCAGGUCAUAAGUUCUGUCACAAAAGUUUUUAUUGAAAAAAAGCUAUGGGUACAGAUUCCUUAUUAUGUAUGCAUAUCGUUUAAAAACUUAUUAAUGAUAUAUAAUUUCCAAUAUAAUAUAACGUAAUUUGCUGCCGCAGUUUUGCAUAAUUCUUGGUAAUAUUCGGAAAGUCAUAAAAAAAAAAAAAAAAACACUUAAAAAAAUACCCUACUUAUUUAAGUUGGUUUUGAUAACUAUUUGUUUAUUUUUCUCUUUAACAUGUUUGAAGCUUGCAUAACGCAAAAGCUGGGUCUUUUAUCUCUAUUUUGAUAUACAUUUCGUGUGAACUGGACUGACAUUAUUACUACUGUACAUGUUUUACCAAAUCUACUUGUUUUAUGGGAGUCAAAUCUAGGAGUGUUACUGAAAAAUACCCUUAGUUUGGAGUGUAUUAUCUAAAGACUUGUCCGCUAACUAACUAAAUGCUGGUACAGACUUAUGGGACCAAAAAAGUAGUCUCAUACAAAUAAACAGUUAUAACUAUUUUAUUAAUGUGGGACUGAUUUUUACUCCUUUUUGUAGAGUAUCAUUUUUCACGAUCCAGCCACGUAUUCGCGAUUUCGCUAGACGAUGAUCCUAAAGUAAAUAAAGAAAUAAAAUCGCGACCUAAAACAUAUUAUAUUACGUUUUGAUAAGUACAAGCUUUCAAAUCAUGGCUAAUUAUAUUAUUAAAAGCAUUGUAUUACAUUUUAUGCGUCCAAACCUUUGUGACAGAACUUACGAACUGACUAUGUACUAGUACAUACUCUACCUCAAUUAACCAUAACCAGAGGAAAUCAGAUACAUAAUAUCAUAUCGUCUUAUUUUCAGUGUUAUUAUGACUAUAAAAUAAAUAGUCUAAAAUAAAAUAAAUAAUUUUUUUAUACAAUCAUAUGUAAA